AUGUACUCCAAGGUCAUCAUCUUCCUGUGCGCCGCGGGCAUCGCCUCCGCCGGCAACCUGCUGGCCGCCGCCCCCGUGGCCUACAGCGCCCCUGUGUCCUACACGUCUCACCUGACCCACGCCGCCCCCCUCAGCUACGCCGCCGCUCCCUACGCCACCUACGCUCACGCCCCGGUCGUGGCCAAAGCCGUCGCUCCGGCAGUGUCCUACCAGUCCAUCUCCCGCUCCUCUUCCUCUCUCGGCUACGCCGCGGCCGCCCCCGCUGUGGCGACUUACGCCGCUAGCCCCGUGUACACCAAGACCAUCGCCGCGCCCGCUGUCUCCUACUCCUCGGUCGCUCACGCCGCCCCAUUGGCCUACGCCAGGAGCUACGCCGCCCCCGCUGUCACCACCUACGCCGCCAGCCCCGUCUAUGCCAAGACCAUCGCCGCGCCCGCCGUGUCCUACUCUUCUGUAGCUCACUCUGCCCCCAUCUCCUACGCCGCUAGCCCCGUGUAUGCCAAGACCAUCGCAGCUCCCAUCGCUACCUACGCCGCGCACGCGCCCGCUGUCGCUACCUACGCCGCGCACGCUCCCGCUGUCGCCUACUCCGCCGCCCCAGCCGUGUCCCACGUCACAUACGCCGGACUUGGCGCCCAAUACGCCUGGUAA